AUGACGUUUGGUACAGACUUAAAGGACCAAGUGCCUUCAAUAUUAAAAUAUGUGGGCGAUGGUAUCAACUCGUUGACGCAAUUCCGUAACUUCAUCAAGGAUAGAAGUAGCAUCGAGCGUGAAUAUGCUCAAAAGCUGGACACCUUAUCGAGAAAAUAUAAAACGCACAAUAGCAACAAAAAGGCUGGCAACACAACAGACCAGCAAGAUGAGUGGGAUUGGAAUGACACGUCCAGUACUACGGCUUCGGCUUGGUCACAAUUACUUCAUCAGACGACACUGUUAGCAAAGAGCAGACUUUGCUUGGUAGACGAUUUGAACAAUGCGAUUGUGGAUUCGCUGAGAAGCACUGCUAUCAGAAAGGAGGAGUCUCGAAAGAAACAUGCUGCGUUUUACCACAAACUCAAAUCUGAGAGGGAUAGAACAUACGCUGAAAAGGACAAAGCUAAGCAGUUGUAUGACGAUGCAUGCGCAGAGAUUGAAAGUAUCAAGGCUAAGAUCAGCAAAUCAAGUGGCGAUGUCGAGAAAUUGCAGAGACAGAUGGACGCUUGUCUUUUGAACCGAGACAACAAAAAGAACCUGUAUUUGCUAUCAAUCAAUGUUGCCAAUGCUGAAAGAAAAAAGUACUUCGAAGACGAUAUCCCAGUCUUGGCUGAUCAUUUGGAAGAAUUGGAUGCAUCUCGCAUUACUGCAUUAAAGUCAAUUUUGAGGAAUUACAUUGAUAUGGAGACCAAGCUAAUCACAACAGUACAAAAAUGCCACGACGAUACACUGGAGUCCAUCGAGAAGCUGGAUCCUUCCAUUGAUGCGGGUGUGUUUACUCGCUCUGCUUUGGGUGCUGUAGAGUCUACUGAAAAGGCUGCGAAUGUCACAUUUACUUUUAUACCUUGGAAUGGCGGCGCUAAUGCUGCAGAAACCAUCAUUGAUCGAGAUGAUAAUCUGGUGGCAAGUGAUUCCGCUGUCAUUUUCCUCAACAACAAGCUUAUCAAGGACCGCAAGCAAUUGGAUGUGUUGGCCGAUGAUCUAUCAAAGAGAUCUGCAGAUGUGAGUCAACUGGAAUCAGCAGUGAAAGCAAUAGAAAACAAGGCUUCCGCUGAUUACGAUAAAUCAAACGAGAAAUUGAUGGAUGUGAUUCGAGAUAUCACUCUGUUAUCAACUCAGAAAGUGCGUGUUGAAAGCGAGGUCGAUCUAAUCAUCCAGAAUAUCGGUGAUGACGGUUUGCGAGCAGAAAAUCAUGAUUUUAAAGCUUCGUCGUUUACGAUUCCAACAGCCUGUGAUUUAUGUAAUAGCACCAUUUGGGGUCUAUCAAAUAAGGGGCUUACAUGUAGAGCUUGUGGUUUCAACUGUCAUGCGAAAUGCGAAAUGAAAGUUGCUCCUAAUUGUAGCAAAAAGAAAGGUCAAAUCAAUCCUCAGCCUUCGCCAUCCACGUUACAGCCUAUUGGCACGAGAACCGUUCGACAAGGAAGUGUUAGUGGUGGAUCAAUUAGCUCUAUCCCAACAAGCUACUCCACCAGCAGUUACAAUGAACUUACAUCAGCUACCGUGCCAUCUCUUGCAACAUCUUCUCUAGCGAACUACAUGCGCUCCCUGUAUUCGUAUGAUGCACAAAACGCAGAUGAACUUAGUAUAACGGAAGGAGAUGUGCUGACAAUUGUAGAGCCAGAUGAUGGCACUGGCUGGAUCAAAGCACAGUUAGGAGACCAAGUUGGUUUAGUGCCUGCCAACUACAUAGAAUACAUUAACCAACAAGAUAAUGCUGCAUCAUUAGCUAAUACAGACACAGCAGCACCAGCCUCGGAUAGUUACUAUGCUGCUCCCACAACACCUCUAGCUGUGGAUCAGCUUGUUGAUGACACUACCAUUCAAAAUGACGACAUUCUUCCACCUCCACCGCCUCCACCCAUGCCUGGAUCAGCUCAAUCUCCUCCUCCUACUGAAACUGUUGUAGCGCUGUAUGAUUUUGAGGCUGUAAAUGCAGAGGAGCUCAAUAUCCGACAGGGCGAUAUUAUCACAGUAACCAAAAAAGAUGAUAGCGGUUGGUGGGAAGGCACAUUGAAUGGACAGUCUGGUAUUUUUCCUUCUAAUUAUGUCAAUUCUUAA